UGGCAACAUCCUGUCGGUUCGUUAACUUUCACGAUUCAGUAAAUAUUCAUUGCCGCUCGAUUCAUUCACUGUGAAGUUGGAGAGGAGUUGUUUGCUUUUAAGGCAUUUUGAUUCUCCAGAUGACGGUCAACCAGGUACUUGCUCUACUGGCGGCUCUGACCCUAGUUUUCACUUUUGCGGAUUUCUUGAUAAAUCGGAAUUGUUUCACAGAUCUAAAAAUGAAUGUAAAAUUGGAAAGACACUUAUACUUAGAAAACUUGGAGAUUCCAGGGAGUUUAUUUCGUCAAAACCAAAUGGCUGGAAAUCCGUCAAUGCCUGUAUAUCAGUGGAAUGGAACAUUUUCAGAAAGUGAUGUUUGUAAUCAUCCUGAGGCAAUAAAUCACAACCGUUUGUAUUUUCAUGGAUAUUAUCCGAUGUUUCUUUAUUCUAAAUUUCAGGAUCGUUUAGUGUCAGGGUUAAUCAUAAAUACAGGUGAAUGGAAACCCAUCUUAAGUAAAGCCAUUUUAGAUGUUUUGGCACGAAACCAUGAUAUGCUAUUUAUCGAUAUCGGUGGAGGACUUGGAAUGCUUUCAUUGGAUGUGAGAAAAAAAGGUUUCGAUGUGCUCCUUGUGGAUCCUAGCGUUUCUAAUGUCCAGCGAUUCUGUGCUUCCGUCAAAUUAAAUGGCGUUUUAGAUUCCGUUUCCAUCGUGUUAAACCCUCUUUCAUCCCGUCAUGAACACGUUCAGAUGGUGGCUGAGGAUGACAGGAUAAGUGAAUGGUUUGUUGCUGAUAACAAUCCGCUAAAAGUAGCCCAGACAAAUAGUUCACGCUACAUAACGAAAGACAAUGUUAAAGCUGCUACACUGGAUGAUCUCUUGUACUUACCAGAGCUGAAAUCCGACAGGGACUUGGUGCUACAUCUAGAUACUGCUGGAUAUGAUAUACGCAUUCUCAGAGGAGGAGAAUCUUUCUUUGAAAUAAAAAGAAUUAAAGCAAUCUUCAUGGACUGGACAUACAACAGUGAUUCUGAAUACAGUGGAGAUAUUAUCAAAUUUAUGAUGGUUAGAGAAUUUAGACCAUUUGAUUUAAACUUUCAAAUAUCUCUCGUUGAGAAACCACAAUCCCAGUGGCCAGAUACAUUAGUUUGGAUGCAUGGAAGUUACAAAAUGUAAAUUACACAAUAAAUGUACAAAAUGUUGAGAGUGCUAUAAUUAUGAUCUCUAAAAUACUGCUUACGGUUAUAUCAUAUACAAUAUUAUAUACAAUUAAUAUGUAUUUCAAAUCAGAAAUAUCACCAAAGUUGAAACUUUCACAGUCCAAAUUAAAAUCAAAUUUAUAAAUAAAUAUCAGAGCUUGAGACGUAGAUUUUAUAAUAUCAUAUACUGUAUAACAGUUCAUAUAUAUCGCAGUAUCUCAUAACAAAAAUAUAAGGCAAUUAAUGCAUUGUUAAUUUAAACAUUACACAACGUUACACAAUUACGAUUGUAAUUUAUGGAAAAUUGAGAAUUCAUUAAAAUGACGUAAUGUCACAUUCUCGUUGCACUUGUGACAUAUGAAGCAGUAGAUUUCAGCUAGAUCAUCCAGGCUAAAAAUGGGGGGAGGGGAUCAACAAAUCAUAUCCACAUAAUUUUUACUGUGAAUUGGAGAUUGGUAUAAUGAGAAUUUGUUACAAAUGUUAUACACGACAGAAAGACAUUCAAAUGCAAAAAUAUUGAAUGUAUUGAAAGCUAUACCUUAUAUAGAAAUUUAUGACGUUCAAUUAUAAAACGAUAUAGAAUAUAAAACCCAACUUGUUCUACUAUCUUUAUGCAAUCACAUUUCUUUUGCUUAAAUGACCGGCUGUGCAUUUGUACAUAUGUUAGACAUUGCAAAUCAAUAAAAGCUAACUUUUAUGGUAUAUAAAGUAUUUUGAUAUUUUGAAAGCCUUUUUGAUAUAAUAUUCUCUCUUAAUUAAAUAGCUUACAGCAGCUUGCAUUUUGUCAGAUGGAAUGGCACAGGAUUAGAUCAGAUGAUCAUAUCUUUGGCUAUAUUUGUCGCUAUAUUUUGCCUUUGGUAAACAAUAUUAGAAAUUUGACAAAGUUUGACAUGUUUGAUCUAGUCAAUAAUAGAAACUGGAUUUGACUCAUAAUGUAUAGGAAACAUUAUUUCAGAAGCAUAUACAUACAACUAACAGUAUGCUUUUAUCCUGUUAAAUAUCCUCAGGCUAGUCAAUGUUCUGUUUUAAUAAGAUUUUUUUUUUUUACUUUUUAGGUUAACGUUUGUAUUGAACACAAAAACAGUAUCUAGCGUUUGUCAUAUUUAAAUUUGCUUGAAACAGUGUAUUUUUGUUUACCAGCACAUAAUAUCGAUACAAAAACAUCUGGUCUGAUUUUUGUUUAAAUUAAAUAAGAGCUGUAAGUUCUGUCUUCCGCUUCUUACUCGCCGACUGACACUUAUUGUUUUGUUGAUUGUUUGAAAUGUCUUAAGAUAAAGCAUUACCAACAUCAAAAAUGGGAAGGAAAAAAUCACAUUUUUAGCUAAUUCAUGCCCAUGCCCAUUUUACAAGUUCUCUCUCCAGCACCAAUUAAUUUAAUUGUAGAUUUUGUCUGAAAGUAGAAAAAUGAAUUAUCGAUAUGCAUCAUGUGCAAAGUCGGCGAUGAUAUUGUAAAAUAAGUCUGAAAAAGAGAUAAUCUUUUAGCGAACAUAAUGAACUUUCCAAAACUUUCUGCAAAACAUUAUAUAUUCAAAUGACACAAAAGAAGUAAACCCGAAUCGAUGCAUUCGACUAUGUAAUUACAUGAAUCAACCAAGCAUCAAAGGAAAACCUACAAUUACAAUGAAUAAUUUGUCAUUUCAUCAAAACAGUUGAUGAACUGGUGAUAGGAUAGAGGACUUCAUGGUAAAGUUGACGUCGUAACAACCUAGAUACGGUUUAUUCGGUUGAAGAAACCGUAUCCUGGUUGUUACAUGUUGGUUGUCAACUUUACCAUGGCCGCCUAUAGACUAACACCAGCUCAUCGAGGUAAAAAAUUUCUAUCAUGGUAUAUAUAGCGAACCAAUUGCAAUUAGUGUAAUUGAUGGCCAUUGUUUUAUUUACCGUAACAAUAAAUA